AUGAGCAGGGAGGAAAGUGAGGAUACAGGAUACGUGAGGAGAGACGUCAAGGAAGCAGUGAGGUCAUACUUGCCUGGUCUCCCUGACGACCUUCUUACCACCAUGCUUGAUGAGCUUGGGGUCGAGUCUAUUGAUGAUCUGACCUUGAUGGAGGAGAGGGAUCUGGUGAAAUACCUCAAACCUAUCCAAAGUCGGAAGUUAAUGAAGGGCAUCAAGUACGGACUUGUUACUCUUAAUAUGCAGGUGGUCUCUGCUCCAGAUCAAAGUGCUCCAAGUUCUCCAAACACUCCGGCCACUCCUCAAGCAUUCCAACUGUUGGUCAGCCCUCCUAGCACUGCCCCAAGCACGUCAAGUGCUUCACAGACUGGCGUACCAUGGCAUGUGGACUUUCAUCUCAACUGGGACCAGGUGUCAUCAGCCAUUCGACUUAGAGUGGAAAAAGAAGAAAGACCAUUGCCAGACAAGAGAAAGGCCUUCGUGGUCAUGCUCGUGGACCAAAUGAUGCAGCACGACCGCAACCCAUCCAGAGCCAUGUGCCACAGCGUUGUGAGAAACAUUGUCAGGAGCUAUCCAAAAACAUUUGCCGACAUUGGUAAGCACGGUGAUACUGCUGGAGACGGAUGUCACUCUCUUCUGCAACAAGUAAAAACAAAAGUGGAGUACAAAAAUAGGAAUAAUACUCUUGCUCGAUGCCGCAGAGAAGGAAGACCACGUACGGGAAUGGCAGGAGAGGCCAGACUGGCAAGAGGUCCUAUUGACCAAUACGGGUGUGUGAGGUGGGGCCCAGCAGAUUUGCCAGAGGGGGAGACUGAGGCAACAUUGGAGAAUAUGAAGAGGGAUCUGCUCAACAUCUACUCAGGCAUGCAAUCUACUGUCUUUUUGCCAUGUGCCACUGCUGUGGACGUUAAUACUGCAGAACUCCCCAGCACCCCCUGCUUAAUCAUUCAAGGUGACAUGAUGAAGCCCUCUGGAUGGCUUAUAUCCAUCGAGGGACAUGUCGUAAUGGGCCCACACCCUUUGUUUUUACACGGUGUAGCUGCUUUCUUCAGCAGCUAUUACGUCUUCAACCUUGAGUAUCCUGCCACUGGAUCGUCGACGCUGGAGUUCAUUCAAAGGUGCUUCUUGGGCAUCAAUCCUGAAAGAGGCUCACAGACCAAGAAGCGGACAACAAUGAACCCUCAUGUGAGCACCCUUUUGAGGAAACUAAUUGACUUUGAGUGGGCAUCAUAGUUUUUUUUUGCUGCAGCAGUUGUCAGGCUCAGUUUUGAGUAUUUCUUUUUGUACUUUUUUUGAAGACAACUUUGGACAACAAGAUUUUUGGAUUAUAGGAUGUUUGAGACUGAGAGGAGCGCCUGGCCCCUUCAUGAUAUCCCUUCAUCGCUCUCUCCCUUCCUCUCUUACCUUGCCAUGUAGGCCUCAUUCCCAUCCUCUUACUGUUAUUGUGACACAGCUGGGUAGUUGAAUUGCAAGUUUCUGCACAGUUUCUCUGCAUUUUAAGGUGGCUUUGGAAAGUUUAUGACUAGGAAGUUGAAUUUCUUGGCAGUUAUGUUGAAUAACCUUUAUUUGUAAAUAAAUAUGCCAUUGGGCUACCAUUG